UACACAUUAUUAAAUCGCGAAUCGUCUAAAUUGACAUUUAAAAACCAUUUAAAAAAAAUAAGAUUUUCCACUUUUCUUGUUAACCGUGUUCUUCUUUUAUUUAAAAUUAAACCAGAUUUUAAACAUGUGUUCACACACAUUACUACAAUAUUUUAUGAAUAUAAGUUGCAUAUUGUCGAUAUGUACAUUUAUGGAUUCACGAUUUAAAGUUCAGGGAUUUUCUGAUAAAAAUGAAGCUAAAAAAUCAAAAGAAAGAGUUAAGAAGCUGGUUACUUCUAUACUUAAAGAACAAGAAGAUUGUACUAUUCAAAAUCAACCAGUACAAAAAAAGAAACCGGUAAAGAUGACUAAGUCCAUGGUGUAUUUUUGAUCAAUUAAUUGGACAUCACUCAU